UAUUUAACGAAUUUAUUUUGCUGGAAGAAAGAAUCUCUAUGCCUCUCCGAAGAAUCAAACUCUUUUACUAUUAUUUCAAGAUUACCGAAUACGCUUGAUCAAAAUUAAUACGCGUUGAAAAUUACCCGGUAGAAUUUCAACGGUCGAAGAAAAACCGUUAACCGAAGAGCACAAAGAAGAAGGAAGAGGAUUUAAAAUAAUCAUGACGGAUUUUAACACAUCGUCGAGCCACUACGUUUGCGAUUUAUCGUCCUUUUACUCGUAUUAUUCGCAUUUGCAUGGAUGGAUCUCCCUUUUCGUCUGUAUUUUCGGUUCGAUCGCCAACGUUUUAAACAUUCUCGUUCUUACCCGACGAGAAAUGCGAUCACCGACCAAUAUAAUUUUAAUGGGAUUGGCCGUGGCAGAUUUGCUCGUAAUGAUCGAUUACAUACCCUAUGCGUUUCACUUUUAUCUGUACCGUCGAUCAAGAAGGGACACGUUCACUUACGGAUGGACGAUCUUCGUGCUGUUCCACUCGAACUUUUCUCAGGUUUGUCAUACGAUUUCGAUCUGUUUAACUUUGAUACUGGCCGUGUGGAGAUACGUGGCUGUGGCAAGACCGCAACAAAACAGAGAAUGGUGUAGCUACAGAAGAACUAUUUUUGCUAUUUUAAUUGCUUACAUUUUCUGCCCGAUACUUUGUAUACCACUGUAUAUUACAACAGAAGUAAGAAAACAAGUUGAACUUCUCGACUCUAAUGGAAUGACCGUACAUAAUCGAAAUGAGAGUUUAAUUGUAGGGAAUACGACGAAUACGACGCUUUAUUUCGUCCGAUUAACAGAAACAGCGGAAAAUCAUGAUAUUUUAAAGGAACUAAAUUUCUGGAUCUAUAGCGUUGUGAUAAAACUUUUCCCUUGCCUCGUGCUCACGAUCGUGAGUUUAAAACUUUUGCAAGUUCUGUUGGAGGCAAAGCGAAGAAGGCGGAAAUUGACUAACAUUCAAGAACAAAAUUUCGAGAAAAAAAAGAGUUGUCGAAGAGCAGAUAAGGAACGACAAACUGAUAGAACUACUAUGAUGUUGCUCGCAGUUUUACUACUUUUUCUAGUGACCGAAUUACCACAAGGCAUUCUGGGUCUUUUUAGCGUGCUCCUUGGCCCAAGAUUUUUCAAGGCUUGUUAUUUGAUGUUAGGUGAUGUUAUUGAUAUGCUAACACUUGUAAAUUCAGCCAUAAAUUUCAUUCUAUAUUGUACAAUGAGUAGACAGUUCAGGAAAACGUUUAACGAAUUAUUCUGCAAACAUUGGAAUAUUUCCAAGAAUAGUGGAAAACAAAUUUGUAUACAAAAUAAUGGAAAUACAGGAGUAUUUGAGCGAAAAUACCACUGCCAAAAUGGAGCUGAUGAAUAAUAUUAUUAUUAUAUAAUAUGCAGUGAUGUUUUACUAUAGAAAAAAAUAAAUACAUAUCCAGUAUUCCUAAAUUCAUCAAAAUUUACUUACGUAUUUGUUUAAUUCCUUUGAGAACAUCAAAAACUGAUUUUAACGAAGAAUUUAUACUUUCAUCUCUAAAAAUCUAGAAAGGUAUUUAAAUAUUUUAUUUAACAUUGAAUAAAUUUUUGUUUAUUAAAGUUAAGUUAAUACAUCUUAAAUUGCGAAUUGUAAUUCAAGUGUUUGUUACUGCUGUUGUAAAAAUAUAACAGUAAUGAUAUAUCGUGAUAUCGAUUAUGUCAAUAAUGUUCCUUAAUUUUAAUAAAUUGUAUAAAUUGUAAAUAGUCAUAUUUUCACGUACAAAUACAAUGUAAGUAUUAACAAACACCUGUAACUUGUAGCAACGAACAUAGCAAUACGAAUAUACACAAUGUAAAAUAUAAAUUGUA